CGGGACAUGCCCCCCUUCCCAGGUUUUACGUCCUGUUCUGCCUGUAACAGGCCUAAGCGUUAUCAGCAUUAUCUCUGGGCUACACCCUGCAAUUCUCAGCUGUCCCUCCCUUCCGCCCCUCCUUCCCCGUCCCUCUUCAAGGACCCUUCUCACGAGCAACUCCUUGUUCAGGAAGUUGACAGCCUUCUGAAGCUGAGGGCAGUGGAGGAGGUCCCUCAGGAAAUGAGGGGGAAAGAAUUCUACUCCUGUUAUUUCCUAAUCCCGAAAGCAAAAGGGGUCCUAAGACCCAUUCUGGAACUGCAGUGCCUCAACAAAUAUCUCAAGAAGUUGAAGUUCCACAUGGUCUCCCUGGCUUCUUUCAUUCCCGCCCUGGAUCCGGUAGACUGGUAUGCUGCUCUUGACUUGAAAGACACUUAUUUUCAUAUUUCCAUCUUUCAAGGACACAGAGGGUUCGUCAGUUUUUUGGUGGGCCAGUAUCAUUUCCAAUUCAUGGUGCUGUCCUUUGUCUUUUUGGCCUCAUGGGUGUUCACAAAGUGCCAGUAGCCGCUUAUCUGAGAUGUCCAGGUCUAUCCAUAUCUUGACCACUGGCUCAUCAAGGGCAGAUCUUGGGAUCAGGCAGAGGAGCCUCAGUCUGUUGUGUUUUGUCACAACCUGGGCCUGUUAAUGAAAAGAAAUAAACCCUCAUGCCAGUGCAAUGGAUAGAGUUCAUGGGGCGGUCUUCGAUACCAUGUGGGACAGAGCUUUCCUUCCAGAGGCCCAUUUCCAAGCCAUGUUGGGCUUGAUCUCGCAUAUAAGGGACCAGCCGCUCACCACCACCCACACCUGCCUGAGGUUGUUAGGCCACAUGGCAGCUUGUACUCACAUGGUCCGUCAUGCCUGCUCCAUCUCUGGCCACUGCAAGUGUGGCUGGCAUCAGUCCACACCAAAAGGAACGAUCUAGACCUGGUAUUCAGGGUGCCGCACCAUAUCUGGUUGUCCCUGAAAUGGUGGGUGGACCUCAGAUCGGUGCUGGAGGGAGUUCCCUUCCUGGCUCCAUCCCCAUUGCUGACCCUGGUUUCCAAUGCCUCGAACCUGGGCUGGGGAGCCUACCUGGGCGGGCUCAGCUCGGAAUGAUCACUCCCUCCACAUAAAUGUCAGGGAGCUCAGAGCAGUUCAGUUGGCCUGCCAGGCUUUCUGGUCCCACCUGGAGGGCAAGAUGGUACAGGGCCUGACGGCUGAUACCGUCUCGAUUUUUAUUUCAACAAGCAAGGCGGAGCCAGGUCGUCAGCCCUUUGCCAGGAAGCUCUCUGGCUCUGGGACUUCUGUGUGCGGCGUGCCAUUUAUCUCAUGGCUGUGCACCUCCCCAGACCAGGAACACGUUAGCAAAUCAUCUCAGCAGAUCCUUCUCAUAUCACCAAGAAUGACCAUUCCAUCUGAAUGUGGUCAGUGUGAUCUUCUACAAGUGGGGAACUCUCCGAGUGGACUUGUUCGUGUCUUGUCAGAACAGGAAAUGCCAUGUGUUCUGCUCAAUUCGAGGGAUCAAGAGAGGCUCCCCGUCAGACGCCUUUUUACACCUACAGUCGGGGGCUCUGAUGUACAUAGUCCCGUUGGUGCCAUUAAUCCACAGGGUUCUAAUGAAGAUCAAACAAGACAAGGCAAAGGUAAUCCUGAUAGCUCUGACUUGGCCUUGCCAACACUAGUUCGGCGUUCUGUUGGACCUCUCGGUGGUGACCACACUGCAGCUGACGCUCUGUCUGGCUCUGCUGUCUCAGACCAUGGCAGUCUUCUGCACCCAAGCUUGGCAGUGAGUGCUGUACCUGACAGCUUGGCUGCUGCAUGGUUGAAUGUACAAGAGCAGGAGUGCCCUGCCUGUGUCCAGCAGGUCCUGUUGUGCAGAAGGAAGCUCUACACCAGGGUUACCUACCUGGCCAGGUGGAAACGAUUCACGUGCUGCGCCUUGGACCAGGAUAUUUGGCUUGAGCAGGCCUCGCUGCAGUUGAUCCUGGACUGCCUUCUGCAUCUCAAGCUCCAGGGCUUUUCUCUUUCAUCAAUUGAUGUCACUUGGCCGCUAUUUCAGCCUUGCACCCUCCAUUCUAGGACAGGUUGAUCUUUGCUCAUAACAUGACAGUCUGGUUUUUGAAAGGUCUGGAAUGACUUUAUCCCCAUAUCUGAAAUCCAAUCACUCCUGGGACCUGAAUCUCAUGCUGGCGCUGCUCAUGGGCCCCCACUUCGAGCCCUUGGCUUCCUGUUCCCUUCUUCUACUAUCCUGGAAGGUCUCAUUCUUAGUGGUGAUAACAUCUGCCCUCAGGGUCUCUGAAAUUAGGGCACUAACCUCAGAGCCUACAUAUACGGCAUUUUUCAAAGACAAGGUCCAGCUGAGUCCGCACCCAGCUUUUCUGCGGCACGGUUGUUUCACAGUUUCAUAUGAACCAGGACAUAUUCUUGCCCAUCUUCUUCCCAAAGCCUCAUGAGUCAGACGAGGAGCGUAGAUUACUCUCUCUGGACAUCAGGAGAGCACUGGCCUUUUACAUUGAAAGUACUAAGUCAUUCCAGAAGUUGACACAGUUAUUUAUCGUGGUGUUAGACAGUAUAAAAGAUCUUUUGGUGUCUGCCUAGAGAAUUUCAUCAUGGAUUACCACCUGCAUCUUUUGUUAUAAGCAGGCAAAAGUACCUCCACUGGCCAUUGUAGCCACUCACUCGACUAAGGUGCAAGCCUUGGCAGCAGCCUUCCUAGCCCAACUGCCAAUUCAAGAUAUCUGCAGGACCACUACCUGGUCAUCCAUUCACAUAUUCACAUCUCUUUAUGCCCUUACCCAGUAAGCUUGAGAUGACGCUGGCUUCGGUAGAGUAGUGUUGCAAGCCGCACGGCUGUGAACUCUGACUCCACCUCCAUGGAUAUUGCUUGUGAGUCACCGAGAAUGGAAUCGAAGCAAAAAAAAUCACUUGAAGAAAAAAAAAUGGUUACCUACCUUUUGUAACUGUUGUUCUUCGAGAUAUGUUGCUCAUAUCCAUUCCAUUACCCGCACUCCUACCCCUCUUGUCAGAGUUGCUGGCAAGAAGGAACUGAGAGGGCGUAGGGCUGGCGGCACCUAAUAUACUGACACAUGAAUGCAGCACUCCAGAGGGUGCCACUGCCAACCCUAUGGAUACCGCUACGGCAAAAAUCGUUGACAGCUGUGCAUGUGGGCAUGCACACACCUAGAAUGGAAUGGACAUGAGCAACACAUCUCAAAGAACAACAGUUAUGAAAGGUAGGUAACAGUUUUUUUUCUCAAGAUCAAGGUGAAAGCAUUUUAGAAGCGUGUGGGAAACCUUACACUGCGCCCAUGUUGGACUUGUUUUCUGGGGACAAGAAAAUGUUAGUCUCUUGGGUGGCCUCGGACUUUCUGAAGCAUUAGAUUUAGUUUUACAGUUUAUGCUUAUCUUUCAUAGGUAUGAGAGGAUUAAUGUUUUUGAAGCACUUAAAAGACACAGGACACUAUUUAACAACUUAAUAUUUUUACUGCUUGGAAAUAGAUUUUCUUAGGAAUCACCUAAGUGUUCUAAUGUGCUGCUGGAAAUCUGGAAUCCAUUAUACCUUCG